AUGGCUCAGUAGAGAAGCAUGAGCAAUUAUUUCGGUUACGUAGGAAAGUUGUUCUCGAACGUGAAAGGUUUCUACAAUGAAAUAAAUGCAGCUACAUUGACUGGAGCUAUUGACUCCAUUAUCAUAGAACAAGAAGAUGGCACAUACCUUUCCUCACCAUUCCAUGUUCGAUUUGGGAAGCUGGGAGUGCUUCGUGCGAAGGAAAAAGUGGUUGACAUUUCCAUCAAUGGACAGCCGGUGGAACUGCAUAUGAAGCUAGGUGAUUCGGGUGAGGCGUUUUUUGUCACGGAAGUUGAAGAAUCAGGAGAGGAUGUACCAUCCUACCUGGCCACCUCACCCUUACCAUCACAGGAAGAUCUAAUGGAGCAAGGUGUCAAAGAGAUGAAAAAGAAAUUUUUUGAUCAGGACCCAGAAGUCAGAAUCAAAAUGGAAGACCAGGAAGGUAACGGGGAAGAGGUGAAAGACAAUCACAGUAAGCGUCGAAAGAAAAGACGCGUUCCAAAAAAGAGAGUAUCCUCUGCAGAUUCCUGUGAUAAGACAACUGAAGUGGAAACUGAUAUUCCAAUGUUUGACAUUGAUGAUAUAUCAUCAGAUGAAGAACUGGCCAAUUUGCCACCCAUGCCUCCGCUUGGCUCAUUGGGGAAAUCAGUGAGUCUGCCAAUCAUGGAGGAAAACAGUCUACAACGAACAAGUGACUGGGCUAACACACAAUACAACACUUACAGUUAUCUUCACCCUUUCAGUGAUACUGAUAUGUCACCCCUUAACAGUCCUGCGAGUACACGACCCCCGUCGCCAAAGAGUGAUACAGAGGUCCAGCGACGACACCAGGAAAACGACAAUGAGAUGAUACUAUCAGAGGAGGACAACACCAUGUGGGAGUGGGGCGAUCUGCCGAGGAAAAGCAUUGACGAGUCUACAAUAGUCCUGUCUGAUCCUCAGACCCCAGGACACCUCACGCCAAAUGACCAGGGUACCUCACGAAGUAACACAGCAGAGACUUCAGGAGGUCUGUUCCAGUUCAUUAGGAAGACAAAGGCGGUUCGACACAAACCUGAAGAAGAAGGAAUCUAUCUAGAUGAUCUUAAGUUAGAGGAGAUGGAUCCUGAAGUUGCCAAACUCUACUUUCCUAAACGAUUGUCAAAACAAUUCCAUCAGUCUCCAUUCAUGUCCAUCAAAGACAAGGAAGAGGAUACCGAGUCUGGCAGGGGAGCAUCACUUCCUGUUUCACCCAAUUCUGUAGAGGGCGCAAUUGGAGGUCCCUCUGUCAGCUUCCUGCAGUCAGAAGUUAAACACUUAGGGAACUUCUCCAUGUCCUUAUGUGGUGGGCUGUCGGACCCUGAGGGUGUUACACUGGAGAAAUUCAUGCAGAAUGUUGUGACAUUUGAUGACCUCUGUGAAAACUACAAUAUGAUUUCAAGUCCAGAGUUGGUCAUCCGUAUCAAUGAAAAGUAUUACAACUGGCAGACAGCAGCUCCAAUUAUUUUGUCACAAGUUGUUUUCAACAAGGAUUUACCUGAGAUAACAGUUGACAAGCUUACCUCAGAAUACAUGCCAAAAAAGAAAGAUAAGAAACAGGGAAGUCGUGUCUCUUCCUGGUUUUCCUGGCGACGUACUAGUACAACUCCCGAGACAGGCGUGACAAAACUAGACACGUCAGGAAGUACAAUUGACAAUCUUAAAACCAUGUCUGAUUCAGAUCUAGUCAUGAACAAAACAGUAAACGUGUCUGUUUCUACUAGUCCUGCAUUGAGUCCACCUCCUAGCCUCACUAGUAGUCCGAGGAAGGAGAGAUGCAUCACAGAAGAGAGUGUAAAAGCUGAUGAUGAACAUACAUCAAGUGAAGCUGAUACAGACUCAGACAGGAUGUGUCUAACAGUUCGUAAGCAACUUGCCAGAGACAUGUACAAGAAGACACUACGUUUGACAUCAGAGCAAAUCAAAAAAUUGAACCUCAGAGAAGGUGCCAAUGAAGUGACUUUUUCUGUGACGACUCAGUACCAGGGAACGACCAAGUGUACAUCACAUAUCUUCCUGUGGCGUCAUGACGACAAAAUUAUCAUCUCUGACAUAGAUGGAACUAUCACAAAGUCUGAUGUGCUGGGACAAAUACUUCCCAUCAUUGGUAAGGACUGGUCACAGUCUGGUGUGGCACAACUCUACACCAACAUCCAGUCUAACGGGUACAAGUUCCUGUAUUUAUCUGCUCGUGCCAUUGGCCAGUCAAAGAUUACUAAAGACCUGCUGAAGAGUAUUAAACAAGACUACCAUGUGUUACCAGAAGGACCUCUCCUGUUGUCUCCUACCUCACUCGUCAGUGCUUUCCACAGGGAAGUGAUCGAGAAAAGGCCAGAGGACUUCAAAAUCGCCUGUCUCAAGGAUAUAGCAGAGUUGUUCCCUCACAAGAAGCCUUUCUAUGCUGGUUUUGGAAACAAGAUCAAUGAUGUCAUAGCCUACAAAGCCAUUAUGAUCCCUUCAUUCCGGAUCUUCACUAUCAACCACAAGGGAGAGCUGAAACAAGAGUCUGCGUACACCUUUCAGUCAUCGUAUCUAAAUUUAAAUGACGUAGCAGAUCAUUUCUUCCCUCCUGUUCAGCGACUACCAAGUGUUGUAGCUGCAGAAUUCAGUUCAGUGACAUACUGGAGAGAUCCCUUACCUUCUCUCCCAAAUAUUGACAUUUCAAGCCCGGUGGAGAUAGAGCCCCCACCUUCUGUCAGAUGACAAUCACCGCCCAUGGACAUCCUGUCUGUAUCACUGCCACCAACUCUCCACCAACCUUGUACCAACAGUAUUCCAAUUCCACGCAAAUCACAGUCCUAUGAUGAUAAAGCAGAAUCCUAUGUGUUACCAAGUAAAAACAGUCUAGACAUGCACUUUGACUUAUCAGAUUCAGACAGUACUGAUUGUGAGGAGUAUACUGCGGAUGCUUUUCAAGACUUAGGUGUGGCAUUGAAGACAUAUGGAAAAACUCGGACACCAAAACAGAAAAAACGAUACUGGCUGCUGCCAUUUUACAUGUAUCUGUAGAACUUCUAGAUUAACACUUAACUACAACUUUCACUUACU